UAUACAUAUAUUUUAAUAUACGAUAGGAAUGAUGACGAUAAAGCAGAAACGGUGCUAGUGUUUGUGCGUGUAUAUGCGGUGUGUACGAAGUGAGGUUAUUCAGUGUGAAUCAAAUUUCAAAGUAACUAUGCCGAUUAUGCGAAAAAUACCGUAAGUGAUUAUUUCUAUUCAAAAAUAAUGGCAGAAAAUCUGUCGAAACGGCCUUCUAAAGGAAUCUUGAAAACGUCCAGUAGCUUCGAUAAUCCAGAGGCGCCUAGACCAAGUAAAGAAACAAAAUGGGAUGAAAUGAAUAUUAUUGCAACUCUUCAUCCGCCUGAGAAAGAUUAUGGCCAUAUGAAAAUAGAUGAACCUAAAACCCCAUAUAAUUAUGAAGGCCUUGGCAGUGAACAUGAAUUCGAUGAAUUAGACUCUGUUGCCAUUGCAGCAAAAUUAGCUGAAGGUACUAAACCAAAAGUUUUUGAAGAACAAAGUGAGGAAGAGGAGGAUGAAGAAGAUGAAGAAACACCAGAGGAAAGAGAAAAGAGGAAAGCAUUUGAAGCAAAAAGGAAAGGUCAUUAUCGUGAAUGGCAUGCUGUUCAACUAGCACGUAAACAGCUUUUGGAACAAGACGAAGACGAAGAUGAGGAUGAUGAAGUGGAAAAUAAAAUUGACAGCGAUACAUCGUCGGGAGAAGAGAACGCAUUUAAAACACGUUUUAAGUGCAUGCCGUCCUGUAAGAGAAGGGAAAACAAAUAAAUAACAAACAAAUCUUUAGUAAUCCAAUUUUAUAUCAUAGAUAGUUUUAUGUCAUCAUUUGUAAAUAAAUAUAACAGACUUUUAUAAUUUCUUA